AUGACGAAAUUAUUACAAUCUGCUUUUAAAAUGGUCAAAUCCUUACCCUGUCCUCCCACUAAGCUAGCGCUAAUAGUACGUGCCGAUUUAAAAAUGUCUAAAGGUAAGACUGCUGCCCAAUGUGCUCAUGCUGCUGUGUUAUGUGUUCAGCAAGCUCAGUCUAGUAAUGAACGGGAGGCUCAACAACUUUUGGAUUCCUGGUUGGUGAAAGGACAACCAAAAAUAGUUUUAAAAGUUGAUGGUGGUUUUGAAGAUCUGAUUAAGUUGCAACAGAAAGCUGCGGAAUGUGGGGUUGUAUCGGCAUUAGUGCAAGAUGCUGGUCGCACACAAUUGGCAGCCGGCACUGCUACUGUUUUGGGUAUUGGACCUAAUACUGUAGAAAAGAUUGACAAAUUAGUGGGCCAUUUGAAAUUAUUGUAAUAUAAUAAUAUUGUAAAUAUUUUAUUUGUUAAUAAAUAAUUGUUGCUGA